UUAGCUCUAAUUGGGAACAUACUAGUUCUAAUUCAAAAUUACUCAGUAGUACAACAGAAGAAAAAUCCUGUUCCCAUGUACCUAAUUAAUAAUUUAGCCACUUCUGAUCUUUUAAUGGCAGUCUAUUUACUGAUUAUCGCCAUUGCUGAUAUAAAUUUUACUGGCAAUGAAUACGGACCACAUUCUGAAUUAUGGUUAUCUCAUCCGAUGUGUCUAAUAGCUUGCUUUUUAAUUUCAUUGUCAAGUAUAACUACGUUCUUAGUUAUGAUGAUUAUUUGUGUGGACAGAUAUAUUUGUAUAGUCUUCCCUUUUACUUCCAAGAAAGUUGGUACGAAAAACGCGAAAAUCGCUGUUGGUAUUAUGUGGAUGUUUGGUAUUAUUUUUUCCGCAGUACCUACCUUAUUUAGCAUACAACAACCAGGCUAUCUGCGAUUAUACACAUAUAGUAGUAUAUGUGUUCCGAAUAAUUAUCAAAACUUUUAUUAUAGAAUGUGGAUGAUAUCACGUUUACUCAUUACCGUGAUAGGUUGGAUCAGCAUGUUUAUAUUAUAUAUUCAAAUUUUUAUUACCGCCAAUAUCAGUGCUAAAGGAAUACGCAAAUCGACCACUACUAAGAAUAAAAUGCUCGCAAUCCGUUUGUUAUUAAUUAUGCUAACAGAUGCAAUUUGCUGGAUUCCUUAUUAUUACGUUAACGUAGCAGGGUAUUUGACAAGCGGUAAGGUUGAUCCAAUUACAUUGCAAUUUAUCUCUAUCUUAACACUGCCGAUCAACGCUGCAGUGAAUCCUUUUUUAUACACUGUCACC